AUGAAUAACAACGUUUAGAUCAAAGGAGUCUUAUACUAGUCUAAGUCUGCUAAAAAAAUGAAUACUUCAAUUACUCCUCGAAAUAGGGAUCCAUCAAAUGGUGGAGGUGGUCUUUCACCAGUACAUAACAGAAGUAUUUCAAAUAUGCAAAGCAAUUUAAGUAUUUAAAAUGAUAGCAGUAAAUGGGUUUAGAGUUCUUAAUAGUUAAAUUUAAACCAUUAGCAAUCACUUCCUAUACAAAGCAGUUAGAAUCAACAGUUAGGAUUAACUUCAUCGAAUUCCCUCAAUUAGGAAUACAAUUAGGGUUCAUAAUCUGGAAACUAAGCUUAAUACUUUUAACAGUAGCAACAACCAAGUGCGAGACAACAUAUAAACUAGACCCAGUAUAUAAAUAGCAUUCUGAAUCGCUCACGUUCACCUCUAAAUAAAUAGCAAUCAAAUUAAUAAUAAUAAGGUGUAUCGCCUAUUUCCAAAUCAGCAAAUAAAUAUAAUAUGAGUUAAAUUAGUCAAUUAAUAACUCCAUCCAAAUCAAAUCGCUUAAAUACUGAGCAAUCUACAUCUUCAACAUAAGGCAAUAACUUAACCAUUCAAUAAAACUCCAACCCAAGAUAUCAAUAAGCAAAAUCACCAAGGACAAUAAAUCAUAGUCUUAAUCCCAACAAUUUAUCAGCAACGAUGUCCUCAGCUUAUGGCUUAAAUAACAAUAACAACAGCAGUAAUAACAGCAUUUCUAUUUACAAUAUGGUAUUGAAUGAUGAAAUUAAUAAUAACAAGUAAUUUUAUUAGAAUCAAUAAACUUUAAGAAAAGCAAAUUAACAAUCUCAUAGCUAUCAUAAUCUUUAAUAGUUCUUAUAGACUAAUAACAGUGGUAGCUAUAACGCAAAUCAAAAUGGUGCUACCAAUGCAGCAAGCAUUACCAACUCUUCAAUGAUUAACAUUACAAAUAAUGGAUCGAACAAUUUAAUAAACAAUAACUCUUUUAACAAUUAAAAUUUAAAUAAUUCUUCUUUACUAAUUUAAUAGCAGUAAAACUAGGAAGUACGUUAAUCAUCUUCUUUGAUUAGGCCUCCUUAUCAAGGACCUGGGGAUUUCUCUAACAAGAACAAUGUAUAGACAAUUCCUAUUUCUAUGAUACAAAAUAGCAGUAGGUAAGAUAAUAACACAACUAGAAUGCAAAAUUAAAACAGAAUGAUUGUAGGUUCAGCAGCUUCAGCUAAAUAAUCAAGUAUUAAUAGUAAUAACAAUAGCUCAGUUCAAAAGACUAAUUACACAAUGUAUAGCAACUGCACUAACUGUGUUGAAUUGGAGAAAGAACUCGAAUUACUUAGAAGUAUUGUUAAGAACUGUUCAAAAUGCUAACACAGCUACUUGAGUAACGGAAGCAUAAAUUUACAUAAUAACCAAAAUAAUAACCAGAACAACGAUUUAGACUAGGACGAUAAUAACACAAGCAAUUUUAAUGGAAACAAUUAAUACAUGAUUGAAAAAAUAUAAAAUAUGCGUCUUUAAGAAUAAAUUUAAUAGCUUAUGAGACAACUUGACUAAGUCUCUAUUGAAAGAGAUUAGUUAAAGCACAAUCAACAAAAUAUCAGCCAAGAAGUAGUUGAAAAGUUUUAAAAAUACGAAGCCUAGAUUAAAAGUUUGCAAGCUAACUAAUAAAAGAACGAUACUAAAUUAAGUAGCUACAACAUUUUAAAGGAUAAGCUUUAAGAAUUUAUAGAUAAUUGCAGCUAAGCUUAAAAUUCUUCUGGUAAAGUAACCUUUAAUUCUCAAGAACUACUUCAAGAGUGUCUUUUUAUCAAAGACUACAUAAGUUAGUAACAUAAUUAAAUGAGUACAUUAAAUCAGAGGUAGCUAAUUUUAGCUAAGUCACCUUCAUAAAAUAAUAACAACCCUCAGCUAAGUAACAAUGCGUUUUAAGAUAAAAAUAUAGGAGAAUUGGUUAAUCAGCAGCUGCUGCUAGAAGAAAAAGAAAGCAAAUAAAACCAAUAUCAAGCACUACCUUCAGCAAUAAAGGCAUUAGAGUUAGUACACCGAUUGAAAAACAUAUAACAAAUAAAUCCCUUCCUACCAAACUAAUGA